CUUUUUUUUCGGGAAUUGCAAGUGGGAGGGCGCCACGAAGAUGCCGGUAUUGUGACAGACCUCCAACGUCUGAGAAAGACUUUAAAGCCGUGAAGGGGACAUUUGGCACUACACGGUGUCAUCACGGCGGAUAAGUCAUCUUACUAGGGAAUGGCCGCAUCGGAUAGGGUCAUGUUGGGGCCUUUGGUUGGCGCAAUUGACCAGGGAACCAGUUCCACAAGGUUCUUGGUUUUCAAUGCUAAAACUGCAGAAUUAUUGAGCCACCAUCAAGUAGAAAUAAAGCAGAAGUUUCCUAAAGAAGGAUGGGUUGAACAAGAUCCAAAGGAGAUUUUGCAGUCUGUUUAUGAGUGCAUGGAAAAGACCUGUGAGAAGCUUUCCCAGCUUGGCAUUGAUAUUGCUAAUAUUAAGGCUGUUGGAGUCAGCAAUCAAAGAGAAACAACAGUUGUCUGGGACAAAAUGACCGGUGAUCCUCUUUAUAAUGCAAUUGUAUGGCUUGACCUCAGAACACAGUCCACAGUAGAGAGGCUUAUAAACAGAACUCCUGGUAAAAACAAGAACCAUCUUAAGCAUAGGACAGGCCUUCCCAUCAGUACCUAUUUUAGUGCUGUAAAACUGAGAUGGCUGAUGGACAAUGUGGAAGAAGUCAGAAGAGCCAUUUCCAGUGGUCGUGCAAUGUUUGGAACAAUUGACUCCUGGCUUAUAUGGAGCUUAACUGGUGGAAAGAAUGGGGGUGUUCACUGUACAGAUGUGACCAAUGCCAGUAGGACCAUGCUCUUUAACAUUAAUACAUUGGACUGGGACCCUGAACUCUGCCAAUUCUUUGACAUUCCGAUGAAGAUUCUUCCCAAAGUAAGGAGUUCAUCAGAAAUUUAUGGUUUAAUGAAAAUUUGCUCUAGUCUGAAAUCGGGAUCCCUAACUGGAGUGCCUAUUUCUGGGUGUUUGGGAGACCAAUCUGCUGCUCUAGUUGGACAGAUGUGCUUUCAAGAUGGACUGGCCAAAAAUACAUAUGGAACUGGCUGUUUUCUGCUUUAUAAUACUGGCCAAAAGCCAGUUAUGUCUGAGCAUGGUCUUCUGACAACUGUAGCAUAUAAACUUGGCAGAGACAAACCUGCUUUCUAUGCUUUAGAGGGAUCAGUUGCAAUAGCAGGUGCUGUAGUAUGUUGGUUGAAAGACAAUCUGGGUAUUAUACAGUCUGCAGGAGAUGUUGAAAAGUUAGCAGCAUUAGUAGGCACUUCAUAUGGCUGUUACUUUGUGCCAGCUUUCUCGGGCUUGUAUGCUCCUUACUGGGAACCAAGUGCCAGAGGAAUCAUCUGUGGCCUCACUCAGUUUACAAAUCGAAGCCACCUAGCCUUUGCAGCUUUGGAAGCAGUCUGCUUUCAGACACGGGAGAUUUUAGAUGCCAUGAACAGAGACAGUGGAAUCCCACUUGCUCAGCUUCAAGUGGACGGAGGGAUGACCAGCAAUAAACUGUUGAUGCAGCUUCAGGCUGACAUUCUGUGCAUCCCAGUAGUGAAACCAUCUAUGCCAGAGACUACUGCUCUUGGAGCGGCUAUGGCAGCUGGAGCAGCUGAGGGUGUGAGAGUUUGGAGCCUGGACCCAAAGGAUUUAACUGCUGUAACAUGUGAAAGAUUUGAGCCUCAGAUCAAUCCUGAAGAGAGUGAACUUCGGUAUGCUCGUUGGAAAAAGGCUGUGCUAAAGGCAAUGGACUGGGAAACCAGUGAACCCUUGUCUAAUGGCAAUGGUGAAACUAGUAUCUUCAGUAGUCUUCCUUUGGGUUUUUAUAUACUGGGUAGUAUAUUAAUGUUAAUUGGAGCAAAGUGCAUAUCAGGCUUUCAUAAAUAAGUGUUAAUGACACAUUGUUUGUAUACAGCCCGUCGUCAGACCCACAAAGACCUACCUUCCCUUCAGCACACGAUGGAGCCUUUUGACAGAUAAAUCCAUUCCAUGUUUACGGAUCACCAGUGCUCCUUUACAGACUUGAGCAAUUUCUGCCUUGCGCACACAGUACUAGGCCAAGAAUCAUAUGACAGAGAUAAGAAAUGAGACAAAUAUGCUGGAUGAGCACAUGUGAGAGCUCAACUGCUGGAUUUCAGAAUUAGACACGAUUAACAAGAAUCCAGACUGUGAAUUGAAUGAAAUAACAGACCUACAUAUGCAAAAAAAAAUAUACAUGUACUGCCACUUGUUAUUUCAUGAAUCACUUUGUAUUGGGUUUUCCAGCCUUUAAUAAUUUUAACAUGUAAUUUAAUGGACUGUGUCCUAUAUUGCUACAGUGUAAAAAAAAAAUACCCCCUGGUCCUUUUAUUAUCAUGAAAGAUCACAUUAUUGAGUCUGUUUCACUUUCUGGAAAACUGGUUUUGUUGUAAUUAUGAUUUGUGAUUUCUUAUAAACAAAUGCAAAGCUCUGAUCUUUAAAAUAAUUUAAAUAUUUAUUGAUAAUUAUUUUUUUCUAAAUUAAUUUUGUUUGUCCUGGUUAAAAUUUCCUUGUGAUUUAGUCCAUUGAUUUUUUUUUUUAACUUAUUUAAUUUUUUUUUUAUUAACUGUAUUGUUGACUUUUUUUUAAUUAAGCAAUAUAUUCUUAAUGUUUGGACUUUAAGAAAAGUGACACAUACACUGAACUUUGAUUUAUACAGAAAAUGUAUUGUAUUUCAGAUUACCACAAGCUUUAUGACACAUACACUGAACUUUGAUUUACACAGAAAAUGUAUUGUAUUUCAGAUUAUCACAAGCUUUAUAAGUAUUUUAAAAACUUCAACAUGGUGGACUUCAUUCUUCAUUUACAGUGCACAGUAUAUUUUUUUCAAAGGCCAACCACUGAGUGUGCUAAAUGAACGGCUAAUCUGUGGCUGAGCAAGACUCUCCCCAGCUGCUUGUAAGAAACUUGUGAAGGUCAGUCCUGAGAAAAGCAAAAUGUGUUUUCAUAGACUGUGUGUUGCCACACAACGGUCUCAAGGGAUACGGUGAAAGACGUGUGUCCACAAAGAAGGAUAAUAAAGGAAACUACAGUUGUUGGAUGGAGCAUUGAAAGAAAUAAUAAAUAAUGUCUUCUAAUAUAUUUGCCAAAUAUGUUUUUGAUUCUGUUUAUGCAGUUGUGUUAUUCAGUUUGGAUAUCUGCUACUUUGUAAUUCUGGCUUUGGUUUAGGAUGUGAAAUUUGUAUUGGGUAGUCCCUUUCUGCUUCAUACAUUUAGCUACUGGUCAGUUAGACAACAACACAAGCCUAGCAGGAGGCACAUGUGCAGCACACAUGUAUGUUAGUUUUACUAUGCACUAGAUAAAAGUUCAAACUGUAGACACUAUAGGGCCUAAUGAUUUUUCAUAGCAUUUCAGAUCUGGGUUACAUAACAUUUUUAAACCCACAUAAUCCGGUUUUGCAGGGGACCAAAGCAGGACAGGGCCUGGACAUGGUGCAUGACUAUUCACACACAUACCUAUUUAAUUUGCAAUUGCAGAUUAACCUGAUAGGGGAGCAACAACCAGGGGAAAACUGACCUAGAUAGACACAGGGAGAACAAACAGGAGGAGGAAGUGUACAUUUUGUCAUUAUCUUGUCUUCAUAUUUAUAUGGUUCUUUUUCCCAUGAUAAUGUGUCCACAUUUUUAACACUUCAUUGAUAAUAUUAAUGACAUAAAAUUACUACAUGUAAGCCUUCAUCCAGUUUUUACAGUGAAGCUGAAAAAAGUUCACUAAUAAGUUCUUCCUAACUACUUCUCAACCACAUUCAAAGUGGAGACGAUUCUGUUUCAGUGUGCUUUGAUUUGCGUCUUCUUUGACAAUCACUCCCUGUCUGUGCACUUGGAUCGCUAACUUCAUCAAUGUCUUGCAUGUUAGAAAAGAGUUCAGUUUUUGGUGCCUUUUGCAUCUCCAACUUGUCUGAUGGUUUGAAACAGCAAUGGCUUCAGGCAGUGAACAAAUUGUGUCGAGUUGCAGUGCAAGUGUUCCUGGUUAAAGGUUUGGUUUUUUUUUUUAAUAUACCAAUAAGAGCUAACGAGUUAUUUUCUUGUCAUGUUAAUAUUAUCUUCCAGGGAAAUGCCACUUCCUCAUCAUAUAUUAUCAGUUAGUUGUGCUAAGGUGAAAUGAGUUUGGCUCUCUGAAUGGAUUUUGAUGUUGCUAACUGUCCAAACUAAGCCAUCGUGCAUGUAGUGCCCCCCGGUUGAGACUCUGUAAAUGUGACAGUCAGGGCCAUCUUAAUGUAUGGGCACAACGGUCACUGGCCGGGGGCCUUAGGAGCAUAGGGGUCCACAAUGUUUCUGUAUUGCUAUCAAAACUGAGGCCCCAGAGCACUAAUUUGCCUGGGGACCUAUGAUGCUGUUAAGAAUGCCCUGGUGACAAUACUACUACUACUACUACUUGCGUUUCCCUCGCCAGUAUCCACGGUUACAAGACCUCUCCUGCCUCACUUGUAUUUCAAGAGAAUCCACUUCUGAAGCCAAACAUGUUCUGCUAUUCAUUUUAAGAGGUCUGUCAAGUCUUGUCACCAGGCUGUUGUUACAAUACAAUGAUCUGUUUGUAAGAUCUUUAUCUUGGACACUCUGGAGUCCUGAGGCCACCAUACCUCAUAAGCUGAACAUUCUCAAGGGGUCUGAGGCCUGCCUUUGUAAGUCUGAAUGUGUUACUUCAGGACUGGCAUCAUGAAACCUUCAGUGUCUGCCUCAUAAUUUUGUCAUUACAAUCAGGAAACAGUCACACCACUGGCAUGAAUAACUGGACAGUGCUGCUCAGUGCAAAUAUCUUCCAGCUCAUUGAUUUUCUAACUAGUUAGCUUCUAACAGAAGAGCUGUCGAUGAAGAAAACAUCUGCUGCCACACUUUCAAAGUGCUAAACUCAUACUUUUCUGUCUCGGUAGUUUGGACCUGAACAGCAGACUAGUAAAUGUGGAAGGAAUGGCCAGAGCAGAAAGUGCUUUUGGUUUUGUUUGUGGUAAGCUUUGUCUCCCUACAACCCUGUGUUGGCUGAAGCAAGUUCAGAAAGUGAAAGAAUAGAUAAAUCAUGGCACAAUCUACUGAUUUGUACACUCCAUGCCUUCAAGAAUUGAGCUUCAGAACUAAAUAUCUGUAUGGCUUACCUCUGUGGUCGGCAUAUGUCACAGCACUUUACAAAUCAUUUCUACGGUGGGCACACUAGCUGGCAAAGUGAUGUGAGGCAGAGGCUGAAACUGAUCUGGCUGUUUUGUGGGUAAAGUCUGCUAGGUCAUCCAAACUGUGGAUAAAACUAUAAGUUUUAAAAAUGGAAACAAUCCAUAUUACUAACCGAGAAUGCUAAACCGGAUGAUGGACGCAGGCACAUCCGGCAAUGGGCCGUAGCUGCAAAAAGACGUACUGCGCAGGCGCAAAAACAGUCCGCAUCCGGCAAUGGGCCGUAGCUGCAAAAAGACGUACUGCGCAGGCGCAAAAAGAGUCCGCGAGGGUCGGCUGAGGAGCCGAGAAAGGCGGAUAGAAGAGGGCGAGAGAGGCGGAUGAGGGGCCGCGAGAGGCGGACAAGACCACAGAAAAAAGGAGUGAGCACAGGAAAAAUUGAGAAAUGAGGCGCAAAGAGCACCGAAAAAAGGAAACGGCACAUAAAAAAGUAUUCAAACGCAAGCAAAGCACGAAACACAUUGCACACGAAACUAGACCCAAAAAAAAAAAAAAGAGGCUCGCGCACAACAGCAAGGCACCCCCCCCCCCUACAGGCACCGGACGGGACACACACCAAGAGGGGGAUUCAACAAGCCCAUGGAACACAAAAAAAAAGAACACAAAACCACCCCACAGACCCUACAAGCAAGGGACGGGACACACACAAAGAGGGGGAUUCAACAAGACACAGGAACACAAAAAGAAAGAAGACGCUCGCGCGACAACAAUCCUCACCCCCCCACACACACACAUCCAUAAGAGGUGACACCCAAAGCCACAUAUUCUAAAGUGAACAUCAACACCUUCACACUAGACAGCAUAGGUGUCAGCAUUGGUGGAUCUCCUUACAAUAAAGCACUAUUAACCGUUCAACUGCAGAAAAAGAAACAUAUUAACAGUGACUGCGAUCCUUCUUAUUACUUAUCCAUAUUUCGCAUGCUGAGAAAGAAACAAGUCAUGAAUACACGGUCACGGGUACAAAACGAAAAGGAAAGGAUAACAGGAACAAACACACGAAAACGAAAGAAACAACAAAAUAGACGGCUAUGCAGCAUAGGUGGAUCUCAUUACAAUAAGGCACUAUUAACCGUUCAACCGCAGAAAAGGCUCCAUAUUAACAGUGAGUGCAAUACUCCUUAUUACUUAUCCAUAUUUCUAAAAGAAAAAAUGUCUCGACUCCAAAAACGCAAAGCUCAACUAAAGCUUCUAACUAACGAUGUACCUAAAAGUAAAAACUUUAUGAACUGCAUUAGAUCCUACAAUGGUUCAUUUGCUUUUGCAUAUACCGGAGUAAAUAUCAGGCCACCAAAAGGCGAUGGCCCAUACUACUUUCGCAUAUGUGCACAAAUACUGCAUCGCAUUGGAACAGUGCACCCUGAAACAAAUCAACAACGCAAAUAUGCACAAAUCUACAUCCUAGAUCCACAUGACGCAAACUAUCAAUCAAAGUGCUGCAUCGCAACAUGCACGGAUUCAAAACGAAACACCUCACGUCUCAGACAUACGUUAAUGGCAGCGAAGGCUACAACGGGCUUCUCACACUGCACAGGCAAAUCGAUUACAGCUCCAAAACAACACGUCCCAAAUACUACACAUGCAACAACGCGCCUCUCAAACGGCACAAGAAAAACAUACACCAGGAAAAUUCAUUCGGAUUAAUGAAUGUCAUUUGCAAUCAUUGUCAUUCAGUUCACUUCCCUGAAGAAACAACUGGAAAUACAAGUUAUACAUUUACACGUUGUUGUCAAAAGGGUCAAAUUAGACUGCCUUCUUUACAUUCAUAUACUGAAUAUCUACAGAGGCUUAUAACUGACGAUGUACCUGAAAGUGAAAUCUUUAUCAACUACAUUAGAUCCUACAAAUUGGUAUCCACUAUGAACAUUAACGGUGGCACUGCACGUGACAUCCGUCUUGAAAAAAUGUUGUUUAUUGAUGAAUGUUCAAUGGCAUGAAGUCACUUACUCAACACCAUUCAUAAACUUCUACAAACGUUUAUGAAUAAUAAUAUUCGAUUUGAAGGAAAGGUACUUUUAUGAGGAGGAGAUUUUAGACAGUGAUUAGCUAUUCUUCCAGAUGCCAUGCACUCAGCUAUUGUUCAGUGCACCUUAAAAUACGCAGACAAUUGGCAUUGCUUUCAAAAGAUACAGUUAGUAAAAAAGAUACGAUGUCCAGAACCAGAUCAUAACAAUUGCUUAUUACAACUGAGAGAUGGUACACUCACCAAUACAGCUGGACUUCAGGCACAUAUUAUUACAAUUCCUCAAGCCUUUAUCUGCGACGACUUAGUUACAGAGACAUUUCGAACAGCAAUCUCAUUAGACCAAAUGCCCCUUUUAACACAACGCACUAUAUUAUGUCCAAAAAAUAUUAAUAUGGAAAACAUUAAUACCCAAGUCAUUCCAUUACUUCCUGGAGAGACACAACUCUUUCUAAGCUCUGACAAACUUGACUCUGAUCACAACAAUAACCAUCUUAAAUGACCUUACAAGUUCUGAGCUGGAAUUACCUUUUACACUUAAAUGGCGUGUACAAAGAAAUUUUCAAAUAAACCUUUACACUGUGCCACACACUUUAUUGUUUGCUUUCUAUUUGCAUCAUCUACACCGUCACACUAUUCUAUAUCUCAUUCAUACAUCACGCUCUUUGUCAUUCCCAACACCAGGGGUUGGCGAGCGAAGCGAGCAGGGGGCGGAGCCCCCUAGUUUCAUUAUAAUUGUUAGCUUGUGAUUUACAGACUAGAUUCCUAAAUUAAUUUGACUUUUGUAUGCUGCAUAAGAAAAAAUAAUCUCGUAUGUGAUAUCAACUAAAUGAUCGAUUUAGUCAAAAGGACUCACUGACUCUGCAUUUCUGUAAAGUACGCAGAUGCUUCCUUUACUUGGUCAAAAACAUUCCAGAUAUGCUGUAUUUUGGGCGGUCAAUGAGAGUUCUUUGCUAUUUAGACAGAUUAUGGGCAAAUCAAAAUCGGUGUGCACUGGCUGUUUGUUUGAUGCACAUACAGUACGUCUGACAGCCUGACAGUGAAGAGACUUUCUCUGGUCUCCUAUGAAUUAGCAGGUGUGCAAGCCGAAUAUGACUACAGUAUUCAGUUUUGCCAUUCUUACUUUUAUUAUCAUAAAAAGUGAUUUUACAUUUGGGUUGUAUAAUUUCAUUUCAUGACUUGAGGGCCUGCUGCUGUAUAAUCUUGUGUUAUCAUUUGUGCAAAACAUUUUUACUUUGGUUAAAACCUAUUUUUGAAAACUCUUGCCCAUAAAGCCCUUUUAUCUGAUGUAAGAAAAAAAAAUAGUGUCUGGGAAGGAGAUUCGUGUUUUGAAUAAGAAAUUUAAAAUGUUCCGCAGCUUUAUGCAUUGAGAAAAGUUUUAACAUUUAUUUUGGAAGUCUGUCUGGAGAUGACCUGUGUAUCGCUGUUUACAUGGUGGUCCUGAUAAUAUGAUCACUGUAGUGAUGCGAGGAAGAUUAGUAAAAUAUGACAGUAUUUUCAGCAGAUUUGUAAUUUAAACUUCAAAAAUAUGAAAUUGUAAACAAAUAAAAUUGGUGAUAAA